CGACAGUAUUAUAUCGACCGACAUUGCCGCGAGAGCCGGCAUCUGACAAAACAAAGAAAAUUCAAAAAAACAAAAAAUAAAUUAACAACAAACAAUACAAUUUUAAUGAAAAAAACAUUUUUAUUUUCCCUUUUUUUUUGUCAAUUUAAUCGAUAAUAUUUUUCAUGAAGGAAUAAUUUUAUAAAUUCUUUUUCUUCUUACAAAAAUAACAGGAGAAUUGAUUUUUCAUUGUUCUCUCUCGUUUCGUGUGUAUAUAUAUAAGUAAAAGAGACAUGAGAAAAGGUACCUCUAUAUCGAAGACAUGUGAAUAGAAAACAGUAUUACACAAUGGUGCUACUAACAGUUCACGAUUUUUAUAUUAUUCUAAAGUGAUAAAAUGAUAUAAUUUUAAUAAUAUAAUAAUUUUUUGAUUUUUUUUUCUAUUAUACAAUAUAAGAAAAAAUUUAAUUCCAGAAUUUAUGAUAAUUUAUCGAGUAUACAAUAUAUAUUUAUUUAAAGACGAAACAUAAAACAAGAAACAACGAAAACUGAAAUAAAAUGGAUAAAAAUGAAAAAAGAGAAGCAAAAAAUCCACGAGACGGAGCAAAUCCAUUGUCGGUUCUUUUUUUUGGAUGGCUUUGGAAAUUUUUUCGAAUCGGUUACAAGAGGGAAUUGGAGCACUUGGAUUUAUUUUCACCACUUGAAUCACAUGCGAGUCAAAUUAUUGGCGAUAAAUUGGAGAAACAAUGGAGAAUUGAAACGAAUAAUUGUAAAAAGAAAAAAGGCAAACCAAAAUUAUGGAAAGCUUUAGCCAAAUGUUUUGGAACAAAUAUCAUAUUAGUUGGAAUAGCACAAUUUAUAUUAGAAUUUAUUUUAACAAUACCACAACCAAUAAUAUUAAGUAAAAUUUUACAAUAUUUUAAUGGCACCAAUUCAAUGACCAAGACAGAGGCAUAUUACUGGGCUGGACUUUUUAUCGUUUUAUUCGUUCUUAGAAGUCCAUUUUUUCAUCUCUCAGUUCAUUCCAUGGUUCAUUUGGGUAUGAAAAUAAGAGUAUCAUGUUGCUCUUUAAUUUACAGGAAAGUACUUAGAACUUCCAAAUCAGCUGAAGCUUGUUCAAGUGCUGGUCAGAUAGUAAAUUUACUCACGAAUGAUGUAAAUUCUCUGGAUUAUGCAUUGCCUUUCUUCAAUUAUAUUUGGAUGUCGCCGAUUAUUUUAAUACUUAUUGCUUACAUUAUUUUUAUAGAAAUUGAAUUAUCAGCCUUGACUGGCAUAGCAUUGUACGUUCUUAUCAUUCCAUUGCAAGGAAUUUUGGGAAAAUUUGUACCAAAAUUAUCAAUGCAAUCUGCCUAUCGUACUGACAAGAGACUUCGAUUAAUGAAUGAAAUUAUUGGUGGUGUGCAAGUGAUAAAGAUGUAUGCGUGGGAAAAACCAUUUUCCAAACUUGUUGACAAAGCGAGAUUGAAAGAAGUGAGUGCUAUUAGAAAAAAUUAUUUUAUUGAUGCAGCAGCAAUGGCCUUUGAAGCAUACGCAUCGAGACUUUGUAUUUUUGUGACAAUUAUAACAUAUGCUUUGCUUGGCAAUCCUAUUAUUGCAGAAAAAGUAUUUAUGAUUGCUGCAUUUUAUAAUGAAAUGCGAUAUUCCAUGGGCAUUGCAUUUCCAUUGGGAAUUCAACGUUUGGCAAAGGCCUUAGCGUCAAUAAAGCGAAUCGAAGAAUUCAUGGACCUGGAAGAAAUUCAAGAAUCACUUCUCGAGGAUCUAUCAAAUAGCAACAAUAAUAAUGGUCAUCUAGUUAAUAAUAAGGACAUUGUUUUAAAUUUAGACGUUAAUAAUUUAACCGACAAUAAAUCAGAAGCAAAUAAAAACAAUAGUUUAUCAAUAAAAAAUGGAAUUGUCAAUUCACAGCAACAAUCUGUUGUAAUUUUACAAAAUGCCACCGCCAAAUGGGAGAAAUCAUCAACGGAUUAUAAUUUAAAGUCAAUUAAUUUCACAGCUAAACGCGGCGAAUUAACAGCCGUCGUUGGCCAAGUUGGCUCAGGAAAAACAAGUCUAUUUCACGCAAUCCUAAAGGAACUGCCAUUAAUAACUGGAAAUCUUCAUGUUAGCGGAAAAGUUGUCUACGUCAGUCAGGAACCAUGGAUUUUCGCCUCGAGUAUACGUCAAAAUAUUUUAUUCGGCGCAACAAUGAAUAAACAACGUUACGAUAAGGUGAUCCGUGUUUGUCAAUUGGAAACUGAUUUCAUGAUGUUUCCACACAAGGAUCAGACAAUUAUUGGCGAGAAGGGUAUAAAUUUGAGUGGUGGACAGAGAGCGAGGAUAAAUUUAGCGCGUGCAAUUUAUGCCGAGGCUGAUAUUUAUCUUUUGGAUGAUCCAUUGUCGGCUGUUGAUACACACGUAGGACGUUCGUUGUACGAAAAAUGUAUCUGCAAAUAUCUAAAGGGAAAAACAAGAAUUCUCGUCACACAUCAAUUGCAGUUUAUCAAUUCAGCGGAUCAAAUUUAUGUCCUAAAUAAUGGUGGUGUACAAAGUAGUGGAACAUUUCAGGAGCUGAAAAAAUCGGGUUUGGAUUUUUUGUCUGUUCUACAAGCGACUGAGGAGGAGGUUAAGGAGAAAGACGAUAAGGAUCAGUCAAUUAUGAAUGAUACAAUUGCUGAGGAUGUUACAUCAGAGGAGGAGCGUGCCGAAGUUGCCGAACAUCGUUCGUUUGGUAAAAUAUCCCAUAAAGUUUAUACCGCUUAUUUCAAGGCAGUGGGGAAUUAUUGGUACGUUGCACUUGUUUUUCUAAUGCUCAUGAUGUGUCAAUUACUUCUCUGCGGUUCUGAUUUUCAUCUAUCAAAAUGGGUCGACGCUGAGAAUAAUGUUGUUGUUGAUGAUUAUGGAAAUACAACGAUUACCAAAUUGCCAGAGGGUGAGAGAAAUUUGUAUAUUUAUAUAUACAGUGCCUUAAUUUGUGGUGCGGUUAUAAUGGUUUAUUUAAAAUCCAUUUGCUACUAUGAUAUGUGCCUGAGAUCGUCGAGAAAUUUACAUUCGAAUAUGUUCUAUAACAUUAUUCGUGCUUCGAUGUUGUUCUUUCAUACUAAUCCAUCGGGAAGAAUUAUAAACAGAUUUUCAAAGGACAUUGGCCAAGUGGAUAAGUACUUACCCUUCAGUCUUUAUGAUGUUUUGGAUAACUUAUUCUUUAUGAUUAUAGUCUUGGCUAUGACAUUCAGCGUCAAUUACUAUCUGAUAAUUCCGUCAUUUAUUGUUGGAAUUAUUUUAUACACUUUGAAAACUGUCUACAUCAAAACAAGCAGAAGCAUUAAACGUCUAGAAGGAAUAACUCGAUCUCCAGUCUUCAGUCAUCUAAGCGCAACAUUAAAUGGCCUAUCAACAAUUCGAGCAUUCAGGGCACAAGUCUUACUUACAAAGGAAUUCGACAAUCAUCAAGAUGUACAUUCAGCAACCUGGUAUCUCUUCUUCUCAUGCUCAAGAGCAUUCGGCUACUAUUUGGAAUUAUUUUGCAACAUUUACGUUGGAAUUGUCAUCUACUCAUUUCUGUUAGUCUCCAGUAGUGAUUCAGUUGGUAAUGUUGGUCUGAUCAUAACCCAAACAACAAUGCUCGCUGGUUAUCUUCAAUGGGGAAUUGUUCAAGCAUCCGAACUUGAGAAUCAAAUGACAGCCGUCGAGAGAAUCAUGGAGUACACUAAUAUCCAAAAGGAACCACCUCUCGAGAGUUCAAGUGAAAAUAAACCGGCUGCUAAUUGGCCCGAUAAGGGACGCGUCGAAUUUCGUAAUGUUUGUUUAAGUUAUACUCAAGGUGGUGAUUUUGUACUUAAACAUUUGAGUUUUGUCGUGAAGCCAACGGAGAAAAUUGGCAUCGUUGGACGCACUGGCGCCGGUAAAUCGUCAUUAAUUAGUGCACUAUUUCGUCUAUCAUUUUUGGAGGGUGAAAUUUAUAUCGAUGGAACUGGCACAAGUAAAUUGGGCCUGCACGAUUUGAGAUCGAAAAUAAGUAUUAUACCGCAGGAACCACUUUUAUUUGCCGGCACAUUGAGGGAGAAUAUUGAUCCAUUUGAGGAGUAUACGGACGAUGAACUUUGGGAAUCAUUGGAUGAGGUGGAAUUGAAGGAGGCUGUUGCAGCAUCGGGAUUAUAUGGAAAGGUAUCGGACGGUGGGGCGAAUUUCAGCGUUGGACAGAGGCAAUUACUCUGCUUGGCGAGGGCAAUCGUGAGGAAGAAUAAAAUUUUGGUGCUUGAUGAAGCGACGGCUAAUGUUGAUCCACAGACUGAUGCACUGAUUCAGAAGACGAUUAGAAAGAGAUUUGAGAAUUGCACAGUUUUUAUUAUUGCUCAUAGACUUAAUACUGUCAUGGACUGUGAUAAAUUUAUUGUCAUGGACGCCGGUCACAUGGUGGAAUUUAAUCAUCCCUAUCUACUUCUUCAACAAGAACAAGGCUAUCUCUACGAUAUGGUGCAACAAACCGGACCUGAAAUGGCAGUAGUACUCACAAAAAUGGCCGAAGCUUCUUACAAUACAAUAAAACUUAGAUAAAUUAAAAUUUUUAAUUAUUUUUUAAAAUAAUUUUUUUUCUCUAAAGAAAAGUACUUUAUACAUUAAUUUUAUUUUUUUUUAAAGUAGAUUUGAUAAGAAACAAUUUCUAUUUCCUCCAAAUAUACCAAAAACUGAGAUUAAAUCUUUUAAAGACGAAAAUAGCAUGUUUUUUCAUAAGUCUCAAAAUGUGCCUUACUGUUGUAAGGGUAAUGGAAUAUUAAAAAAAAAAGUCAAUUUUAAUAUAAAAAUGUACAUUAAAAAAAAUCCAUUUUUUUCUAUACUCUUACUUUUCAUAUGAAAACCAUUGUGAUAUAAAUGAAACAUAGAAUUAUACAAUUUUACACAUUUAACAAUUAAUUUGCCACUACAUGUAUAAUAUAUUAGAAAUCGGUUUUUUUAUUUUAUAAACAAAUUGUAUUAUAUAAUAAUUGUAAUAAAUGAUUGUAAAAUUUAAAA